AUCUGGUGAAUAAAGAUAACAUUUAUAGUGUAAAAGCCAAGCUUGUGAUCUUUGGACAUAAACACCCAGCGCCUUUAUAUUUACAUACAGGUUUCCAGUGGGACUUGUCACUUCAUUAUCGGUUUGCGGUUCGUGUAGAUUCGGCUCCUUGGCUGAGAACUGAAGGAGGCGCGUUCGAAAGUGUAUACACGUAACUGCGUAAUCAUUUGUCGCAAUUUGAAUGUGUUUUCCGAUCUCAACUAGAAAAUAAAAAACACACAGGCUGUAUUAUUUGAGUGCUGACUAUUGUUUACCUAGGCCCCACAUUAUGUUGACGUUGUCAGAAGACUCUAUGAUGGAUGACGUAUCAGACUACAUGACGCCAAUACCAAUCUUUAUUCCAGAAUUGCUAAAUCCAAGUGACAAUCAGGCCCAAUUCCAGUCACAGCAGGAGUUUUCUUCCGACAGUAACGAAAACACCAACCGAAAUCAGUUGGGUAUAAGCAGCUUCAGUUUGCAAUUGACAUUCAACGGAAUCAGAGGGGCCAAUUGGCCAUCAUCUAUUCAGUUAUCGUCUCAGUCCCUGGAAGACGAGGCCAGGCAAUCCGAGGAACAAUUAGAUGCCAGCCGGCAGACAUUAUCUAGACUAGAGGAUGAAGUGCUCCAGCUUGAACGAGCUAACAAGGAACUGUCUUCCGAAAGCGAGGUCACCGAGUUGAUGGUUUUAGAACAAUUUAUUAGUCGCCUCGAAGAAGAGCUGGCCCAGUGUCGAACCUCCGCUAUCAACAGCAGCGAGGAAUCAGUUCUUAAAGCAGCCACGGCUAAAGCUACUCGUACUAAACGUUUCGAAACCGAGUGCGCAUUAAGGGAACUUCAACUCAGUAUUUGUCGUCGUAAGCUCGAAUACGCAACGGCUAAAGCUUUGAAUGAGGAAGACGAUGGUAGUUGCUCUUCUGACGACGAAGCGUCCAUCUCCGUCUCGAAUUUACCUGAGGAGGAGGAACGAAUCAACAUUUUACAACAUGAAUUGGAAGAAUUGAACCAAGUUAAUAACCGUGCACUUUCAGAGGCUAAGGACGCCGAACUGUUGAACGCUAAAAGACAAAGAGCUCAACUGGAGGUGGAGCAAAAAAUUUCAAUGGGCAGAGGCAGAUAUGAAGAGCGGCGUCAACACCUGGAGGAAAAACGUCGGCAGCUAGAAAUAAAUCAUUCUUAUCUGGUUAAAAUGAAAAAUGCUGAAGAACUCCAGCAAAAAUUAUAUUUUUUGCUUGAACAACUCCAAGAGAUGGCUAGACAGCUCCCUCUACAAUAUCAGCAACGAAUGCCGUACGAACUGCUAUCCGGUCUGGCCAACUGUCUUUUGAAUGAAACCAUCUUUAAGAUUGUAGAAGGCCUCACUGAAAUACAACAGGUCACAGAGAAACAACUACUCCAACAGCGUUUAAAGCUACUUCACAGACAUCGAGCUGAGAAGGAAGCCCUGGCAAAAAAAACACCUGACUCUGUAACAGAGGCUGAAAAAAUGGAAGUAGCCAACCACCCAGUUGAAUUAAAGCAAGCUGAUAUGAAUCUCAUACUUCAGUUAGACCAAGUUGUGGCUGACCAGCAAAGCACACUUGAAAAAGCUGGAGUCCCAGGUUUUUACUUAACCAGCAACCCUCAAGAGAUACAAGUUCAAAUGUACUUGUUGGAAUUUAUUUUAAAACUGGGAAAAGAAUCAGAAAAUAAUACUACGUGAUAUUCAUGUACUGCAGCAAAAU